UUUUUAUUUGUUUUCUGUGUCCGUUAAUUAGCGUUACCAUGAAACCUAUGAAUUUAAAACCACCUGUUGCGAUGCGAAAACACGGGAACCGGCCGAAAUGUGAUAAUGAAACAUCUAAAGAACCUGUUAAAGUUUUUUGUCGUUUAAGGCCAAUGUCUCAUUCUAACGAUGUUUCCUGUAUAAAAAUUAUAUCUAACACAAGCUUAGUUAUUACGCCACCAGAAUCAAUAACAAACGCUCGUAAUAUAAAUAAAGCUAUACAAACGUGUUUUAGUCACGUUUUUGGUCCAAAUACUUCUCAAAAAGAAGUAUUCAAUAUUAUAGCUUUACCACUUGUUGAAAAUCUUGUUAAUGGUAAAAAUAGUUUGCUCUUUACAUAUGGAGUAACUGGAAGCGGGAAAACUUACACUAUGUCUGGUAAUUUGCAUGAUGCAGGCAUCAUGCCUCGUAGUUUAGAUGUUAUUUUUAACAGUAUAACAAAAUAUCAAACAAAGAAAUUUAUUUUUAAACCUGAUAAAUUAAAUGGGUUUGAUAUACAAAAUGAAACUGAUGCAUUAUUAGACAGACAAAAUGAACUUCAAAGACUUGUUACUUCAUAUAAUGGGAAAACUCCUAGACUGUCUAAAACAGAUGAUAACAAUGAAAAUAUCUUAAAUUUAAGCAGUAAAUUCCAAACAUUAAAUGUUGAUGCAGAUAAUGCAUAUGCAGUCUUUAUAACAUAUAUUGAAGUCUAUAAUAACAGUGUAUAUGAUUUAUUAGAAGAAAAUGAAGGAAAAGCAAAAACUUUGCAGAGUAAAAUUAUUCGUGAAGAUGGGAAUAAAAAUAUGUAUGUUCAUGGAUGUACAGAAAUAGAAAUAAAAAGUUCAGAAGAAGCAUUUGAAAUAUUUCAACGAGGCCAAUGCAAAAGACAUAUUGCAUAUACUAAUCUUAAUGCAGAAUCAAGCAGAUCUCAUAGUGUUUUUACUAUAAGGCUUGUUCAGGCACCACUAGAUAAGGAUGGUGAACAAGUUGUCCAAGAUAAACGAGUAAUUUGUAUCAGCCAAUUGUCUUUAGUAGAUUUGGCAGGAAGUGAACGUACAAAUCGUUCAAAAAAUACUGGACAGCGACUUAGGGAAGCAGGAAAUAUAAAUAAUUCGUUAAUGACGCUACGCACUUGCUUGGAAAUACUUCGUGAAAAUCAGAUCCAAGGAACAAAUAAAAUAGUUCCUUAUCGAGAUUCAAAAAUAACACAUUUGUUUAAGAAUUAUUUUGAUGGUGAAGGAAAUGUUAGAAUGAUUAUUUGUGUUAAUCCCAAUAUCGACGAUUAUGAUGAAACUAUUCAAGUGUUAAAGUUUGCUGAAGUUAGUCAAGAAGUACAAAUUACAAAUUCUACAACUCCAAAAUUAGAUUUGGGAUAUAUAUCUGGUAGAAGACAAGCUAACAAAAUAUUUAAAGAAGCAAUAAACAGAUUAGAAAGCGCUGGUCAUCCAACUGCUGCUGAUUUAGAAGUUGAUUUAGGUUUAGUGUAUAGUCUUGGAGGACCAUUUCCAGAAAUGGAUAUAACAAAUCCACAUAAUGAUGAAAUAAUUACUACACUUAUGCGUUUCUUAGAAUUGCGUAUUCAGAAACGAAAUGUUUUACAAGAAGAUCUGAAACAAAAACAAACGAAUUUCAGGAAUAUGUUGGUAAAAAUUGAACGAGAAAACGUGUCAUUAAAGAUUGAAAACUCUACAUUAAAAGCAUCAAAUGAUCAACGACAAAAAAAAAUAUGUGCUUUGGAAGCGCACAUUUGUAAAACAGAAGCUCAAAUUGAUACGUUACUAUACAGAUUAAAUAGUGCAAAUGAUAUAAUCAGACAUAUGAAGCAAGAACUAAAAAACAAGGGUACGUUAUUGAACCAACGAGCAGUAGAUAAACAGAAAGUAAAAGAAAAAUACAGCAAUAAAAUUCAAGCAGAAACUGAUAAAAUGAGUCAGGAACUAGAAAGCAAACUUCGUCGGCAACGUGAACUUCUUCAGAACCAAAUAAAAGAAAAAGAAGACAAACUAAAAUUAGUGAAACAGAUAUUAAUAAGUGAUGAUGAGAUGAAUGCAAAAGAAAGAGUAGAAUCCAAGGAAACAAUUGAAGUACAAAAUGAAGUUGAAAUGUCUACAGUAUCAAAAAUUACAACUACUCCAAACAGUGUUUCAGAAGUUAUACCUUCUACAAGCAUGGUAAAAACUAAUACAAAAAUUGCAUCUACGAUUAAAUUCGACGAUAGCAGUGAUAUUCGACUAAGUAGAAAAGAUAGAAUACCAGUAGUGAAUCUACGCUACAGACGAUCGCAGAGUGCAGAGAGAUGGAUUGACCAUCGACCUUCUGGAUUAGUUCCAGUUGGAACUAUUCUUCAGCCAGUCAUCCGACAUAAACGAAGCAUCACACAAUUGAUAGACCCAAAAGAUAUAACAAACAAAGCAUCCAGAUAUUGUCUUGUUGCUCAGGAACAAGAUACAGAUGGUGAACUUGAAACUAAAUUAUAUAAAGGAGACAUAUUACCAACUAGUGGAGGUGGUGCUCAAGUUGUAUUCAAUGAUAUGGAACAUUUAAAACAAGUUUCACCUAUCACAAGAAGGAAACGUAACGGGUACCUAAACCCAGAAAAAUGUUUUACUUCUCAAGAGAAUUAUUGCGAUUCAGAAGAAAAAAACUCAAAGAAACCACGUGUAUAAUUUAUUAAAGAAUCUUAUUUUACUUUUGAAACGUUGCAGGUGUCUAA